AUGAAGCGGGGCCUGAGGCGGCUGGAUGGGAAGCAGGCGGGGAUGGGAGAGCAGCAGAGUUCGCUGAGCACCCUGCGCGGCGGCCCGCCGCCGAAGUGCGCCGUUUCACCGGCCGGCGGGGCCGGGAGCGGGCGGAGAUGCGGCGGAGCUGGGGAGCCGGAGGCCCAGGUAGCAGGCGGCGGAGUCGCGAGCAGAAGCCGCUUCCCCGGGGCCCCGGGGAUCCGGAAGCGCAGAACGGACCGGGCUGGGGCCGGGCCGGGACCCCUGCCCGCCACAACCCCCGGGGCCCUGCCUGCCCGCCGCGCCUCCGUCGGAGACCCCUUGACGUCGGGGGGCAGCAUCGAGGUGGACUUUUACCUGCUGCCCGAGCCCUACUUCGGGCCCCUGCUGGUCCUCUGCUGCCGGGUGUGCCUGGAGGAGAAGCCCGUCAAGCCCCUUCCCUGCUGCAAGAAGGCGGUGUGCGAGGAGUGCCUGAAGCGCUACCUGAGCGCCCAGGUGCAGCUGGGACAGGCAGAUAUAAAAUGUCCAAUCACAGAGUGCAGUGAGUACCUGGAUGAAACAACUGUCCUCUACAACCUGCCACAUGAUGACAUCAUCAAGUAUAAAUACUUCCUGGAACUCAGCCGUAUUGACUCCAGCACCAAGCCAUGCCCUCAAUGCAAACACUUCACCACUUUCAGGAGGAGAGGUCACAUUCCAACCCCUACGAAAUUGGAGAACAAAUACAAAAUCCAGUGUCCAACUUGCCAAUUUGUCUGGUGUUUUAAAUGCCACUCCCCCUGGCAUGAAGGUGUUAACUGUAAAGAAUACAAAAAGGGAGACAAGCUGUUGCGUCACUGGGCCAGUGAGAUUGAACAUGGGCAAAGGAAUGCCCAGAAAUGUCCAAAAUGCAAGAUCCACAUCCAGAGAACAGAAGGGUGUGACCACAUGACCUGUUCACAGUGUAACACUAAUUUCUGUUACCGCUGUGGGGAGAGAUACCGCCAGCUCCGUUUCUUUGGAGAUCACACGUCAAACCUCAGUAUAUUUGGAUGCAAAUAUCGCUACCUCCCUGAGAGACCGCAUUUAAGGAGAUUAGUGCGAGGCUCUGUCUGUGCUGGAAAAUUACUCAUUGCACCUUUAAUACUGGUAUUGGGACUGGCACUGGGAGCUAUAGCUGUUGUAAUAGGUUUAUUUGUGUUUCCUAUAUAUUGCCUUUGUAAAAAGCAGAGGAAAAGGUCACGGACAGGUAUGCCCUGGUAAGAAUGGACCUUACUCACCUGAACUGAGCUGGUCAUGUAAGGGCUUCACAAAAAAUGUGCAACAGAGCAAUAUAAUACUGGUUAGCAGCUUUGAAGCCACAGUCCUGGAAAAAUAAUGGGAACUUUCUGCCAUAUUCCCUCCACACAGUACACUACUGCUGACCAGAAUGCCUCCUACUCUGGUGCACUCCAAACAAGAUGGCCCCCCUAACUGCUGCUUUUUCAAUGUGUUUUUUAUUUUAAUUUUAAAGUUUUAGGUCUAAGUUUCUUUCAUAGACAAUCAAAGUCUGCAUUGUAGCCACAACUCUACUGAUUGUCCUGUGAAGAAAGCAUUUAAUUGGUAACAUGUUUUUCAUUUAGCUUCUGUAUCGGCCUUUCAGAGGAAAUGCCUAAAGGUGUUUGAACUUUUACUGUACACUGAAUAGCCUCGUCUGGUUUUAGAGUCUAAUUCUGUAAAUACUUUUCAUCACACAGUGUUCUGUCUAACAUACUAAUAUCUAAAAUCAGAUGCUGGAAGAUGAUAGCUGGUUGUAUUGUCUGCUGAUUUUACCAGCGGAUUAGGGAGUUUAAUCACCUAUGUGGCAGGGGUUGCCACUGCCAAAUAUCAGUGCCUCAAAGGGAAGUAAGGAGUAAAAUUAUUGGAACCAAGUCGAUAUUUGUUGUAGUAUUUAAAUUAUGUUCGGAAUAUAUGCAAUGAUUUUGGGGAGACUAAUUCUGUAGGACAGUACAGAAUUUCAGCCCCUCCCAGCAAAAAAACAAAUGUUUCAUUAGCUAAAACAAACAAUUAUUACUGGCCCUUUCUGUCUUCAGGCAUUCACUGAAAGUGAGAUGGGGAAAUUGGUAGGAGAGUCUGUUUUCAUGGUGGAGCUAGAACUAACUUGUAUCUUCAGUUGUAUUUUGGCACAUACACUACAAACUAGCUACACUGUGAAGAUUCAGUCUAUGAAAUAUUAUUUACCCAAACAGCACGUGUUUAUGUUGUUAGACUGCUCAAUUCCCAAAAGACCCAAUGUCUCAUGGGUGAGGGCGGGCACAGAGUGGAGGCAAGGAGUUAGAAACGAUCCUACUAGUAUUCCACACGUUGUUUUCUCUUCCUUGGUUUUGGUGAUGUACCGUGACAACAGUACCUUUGUUUUAAGACAGAGGUGGGCAAACUGUAUGGCCCGUGGGCCCCUCCUGCCUGGCCCCU